AUGUCAACUCUUCCCGUUCUUGUUAGUACGUACGGGGCCCGAGUGGCCCUGGUUGUGGCUUUGGUGAUUGUCCUGCAAUUCUUUCACGAGAUGCUGAAAGUACGCCUUCUUUUCUAUCGUCUGCGCAGACAGGGCUUACCGAUGCCGAAAUGGGAUUUUGUAGCAGGAAAUCUGCGGAUGAUCCCAGGCCUAAUGAAGCGGCAUCCGAAAGGAUCGCAACAGUCAGAGGCCUUUACACUACUAUCUUACGAAUUUUCUAAUUUCGACAAUUGUUUCUACAUUGAUGUUUGGCCCUUCACGAAGCCUUUGCUGGUGGAAGCCCAAGAGUAUGUGGAGGUUCUCCGCGAGCAUGCGCGGAAGGGGGAUACCUUUUUAUUAGAUAGAGUAACCUGUGACUAUGUCCUCGAUAUUAUCGGGCAUGUGGCCAUGAAGGCACGCCUGCACUGUCAGCGCGGGUAUAAUCCGCUGGCUGCGGCAUUGAGAAGUCAGUGGUUGAACGGACGCACGAUGAAUCACUACAUUGGGAUCGAAUUGGAUAAACGUUGUGAGACCUGGAGGCAACAAAAGCCAUCAAUCCGCGGAAACUCGAUUAUCGAUAUUGUGCUCGCGGAGUACAUGAGUACACUACAGGCAGGGGCAACACUGGACCCGGGUAUCUAUCUAUUAUCGAAGUACCCUGAUAUUCUUUCUAAGGUUCGCACUGAGCAUGACGCAGUGUUUGGGACAGAUAUUUCGUCUACAGCUGGCACGGUCAAACAGUAUCCGGAGUUGAUUAAUCGACUCCCGUAUACCCUAGCGAUUAUAAAAGAGACACUCCGUCUAUUUCCUGCUGCUUCUGCGUUGCGAGAGGGCCAGCCUGGUGUCUACCUGCAGGACAAGAACGGCACGAAGUAUCCAACAGAGGGAUUGUGUAUCUGGGUUAUCCACGGGGGCAUUCAACGUAACCCUAACUACUGGCCAGACCCACAUGUAUUCAAGCCAGAGCGCUGGCUGGUUGGGCCAGGCCAUCCGUUAUAUCCCCCCAAAGGUGCUUGGCGUCCAUUCGAGCAGGGUAUCCGGGAUUGUAUCGGCCAGGCAUUGGCCCUAGUGAACAUUAAGAUCACGCUGGUGUUAAUUCUCCGAGAAUUUAACUUCCAGGACCAAUAUGCGGAAUGGGACUGCCAGCAUCCCCGGUCUGGACCCAGGACUGUCUUUGGCGAACGCGCCUACCAGAUUCCACAGGUCCAUUUUGUGCCAAUCAACGUAAUCUACUUUACCUCAACCCUGUCUGGUGGAUUCCCCUAA